UGUCCCUUGGUUCGCCGGGAAGGCUGUGCGAUUGCUAUGAAUGAGUUUACAGACCCCAAUGCUCCUGGUCGACCGUUUUCAUGCAUUUCCACUGAAGCAGGCGGAACUGCAGAUUCUUCCCACUUUUACAGUGACGUUCAGCAGUCUGAAGCGCCAUCAUUGUGCAAUGGGUCACAAAAGUUUUGCACCUCAGGGAAUGGCGGUAGUUAUGAGUGGUCAGCCACUGAGGAGCCUUCAAUUGCAGACCUGAAACAUACACCUAGACGGCCAGGAGAAAUACCAUUCGACGACUCAAAAUCCAUAUGGGAUAGUUCUUACGGCCCGCUGAACGUAACGAACGCUCAAUCAUCCCGCAUAUGGGGUUUUGGCACUUCCGCAUUUCCCCAACCUGCUGUAGUAAAGGAUUCGCAGCGUGAUACUCCCCUUACUCGUGUUUCUCAAGCACCCUACAAUUGCUUAUCAAAUGUCGGAUUUAAUUAUGGUGGGGGCUUACCAAUGUCUCCUGUCAACAAGGAUAUGACUGAAAUAGGCCAACAAAUGAUAGAUCACGUCCUAUGUAACUCGCCAAACAACGCCUGUGAUCAAUUUCUAUCCGCUCACGCUCAAGUUUCUUCUGCUGAUAACAUGGCCUCUCCGUUUCCUUCGUCACAAGUUCGGUCGGAUUUCCACUCCGUGCCAGCAGAUCAGGCAGCAUCUUCCCCAUACCAUGCUCCAGCGGAACAGACGCUAAACUCGCUUCCUUUGACCCUCGUAGCAAACGGUGGAGAGAGUAGGAUGGAGGAGACUCAAUUGCCUCAGACGCCCAUACCUCCUAUGGACCCUAGUGCUGUCGCCUCCGUCUUUAACAGUUCUGCUGCAGUGUCCAAUUUAGCCCGUUACCUGGCUGCUCAAGCUGAUACACUUCAAAAUCAACAGAAUGCUUGCCCUCAACAAAACAGCUCUAUGCCUCGAGAUAUUGCGUUUUUAACCGCUCAGAUGAAUACAAUGCGGGUGGAUCCACAUCAGCAAACAACCGCUCCAUCAUUUUUACCUCCCACUACAACUAGUUCUUUCACCAACGGUUUUACUCACAGUGUUCCUGGUGACCUUGCUGGACCAAUGCCUACUGCCAACUUCACAUCUGGUGCCUUUAAUGGUCCGCCUGUCCAAAUCAAUGGUACUUCUUGCCUCAUGCCAGCAGACCAGAUGCCAACUGGAUUUUAUCCUCCACCUCAAAGUGAAGCCUCUCCUGUCACCUACUUUUCUGGUACUCCCUUCGACAAUCGUGGGCCACCACCGGCACAACCACCGCUGUCGUUACUUGGCGCCGAAGGUGUUCGCACACCUAGUGUUCAGUCCAACGAUACACCAGUUGGCGUCCAGACCGCACUUGCGAACCAGCAGGCAGCUUACUACGCACAGUUGCUCGCUGCAGCAAUGAAUGGUGGUGUUCCACCAGUUGCGCCGCGGGUGUCUAUAACGGCACCUCCAUCCAACCUUUCUCCUGCUAGCGGUGCAGUGAGUGGAGGAUCUAUCACCGCUCCUUGUGCAUAUGAAUCACAUUCACAAAAUCAAAGCGAAUCCUUGUCUCAGGGGCAAUACAAUGUUGAGAAAUUCAAGGCUUACAGUGAUGGUGGAGGUAAUGGUCUGGCAACAACUAUUCUUCCUUCUGGUUCAACUAUGGUACAACAGCUGCCGCCACUGCCAUUCAGUCAACAGCAGCAUCACCCUAAUUUUGUCCCUUCCCGACUUUCUGCACUUCCAAUAAAUCAACAGCAGCAACAACUACACACACAGCGGUCUUCAUUGUCUGACCCCCGACUACCUCUCACCCCGACAAUGGGCGUAAACUUCUGUUUUGAGAGUGCUGUCACUCCAGCAUCACAAUAUACCACCACUCCAUCUCCUUUUGCUCCCAUGUUACCUCCUCCCUUUCCAAACGCGAGUAUCGCUCCUACCGAAUGCCUGCCGAUCCCCCCUUCCACCCCUGAUUUAGGUGUUCCUCCCCAGGGUCUCCCAUCCGGCUUCCCUCCAUUGGGCUUUCCUCGUCGUUUCAUCACUCCACCGUCAUCGACGUCGUCAGCAUCUCAACGUAGACCUCACUUCAGUCGACCACAUCUAAUGGAGAGUCCUAAUUUCUUUGCAGUGCCUCCCCGAGGGCUGAGGGGUCUUCAGCCUGGCAAUCAGCAAAGACUUUUACUUUUCAAAAACCAAGCUAUGAAUAUUUUUGGUCCCACUAGUGGUGCCAGCUCUGGUGGUCGUUUGCCAUUUGUGUCACAGUCUGUCCCAACGCCCACCAUGUUUCCUGCGAUGACAUCAUCGGUUUCAGGGGUUUUUCCAGCUGUCUCAGCUUCAGUGAUGUCGGAACGGAGUCGCUUGUUGGAGGAUUAUAGGUUUACUCGGAUGUCUUUUCUGACACUUCACGAUCUGCUGGGCCACAUGGUGGAGUUUGCGCAGGAUCAGUACGGUUCUCGACUCAUUCAGCAAAAGUUGGAGCAAGCUAGUGCCGUAGAUAAGACUGCCGUCUUUCGCGAGGUCAUUCCUCAUUGCCACAUUCUUAUGACGGAUGUCUUUGGCAAUUACGUUAUUCAAAAGUUCUUCGAGCUUGGAACUCCUGAGCAAAAAAGGGUUUGUCUCGUUACGAUUUAUGAUUUUAAGCUAUAUAUUGUUCACAUACUGGUGCAGCAAAUCAAAGGGCAAGUGCUGACACUUUCGCUUCAGAUGUAUGGGUGUCGGGUGAUCCAGAAGGCCAUUGAGUCUGUCAACCUAGAAACGCAAAUCAGCCUAAUGAGAGAACUUGAUGGAUCUGUGUUGAAAUGUGUGAAGGACCAGAACGGCAACCACGUUGUUCAAAAGUGCAUUGAAUAUGUUCCUUCUGAGCACCUUCAAUUCAUCGUUGACGCCUUCAAAGGGAAUGUGCAUUCAGUUUCAACACACUCGUAUGGUUGUCGUGUGAUUCAACGCAUUCUAGAGCACUGCAGUGCCGAACAAACGGCUCCAAUUUUAGAAGAGCUGCAUCAGUGCGCAGAGUCCCUCUUCGAGGACCAGUAUGGAAAUUAUGUUAUUCAGCCUGACAUCUUCGAUUCCUCUCAGCAUAUAUUUGAACACGGUCGAACGGAGGAGAAGAGUCGCAUGAUUGAUCGACUUCGAGGACGCGUAGCUGCCCUCUCCGUGCAUAAAUUCGCCAGUAAUGUUGUUGAGAAAGCUGUUACUAACGCUAGUCGUCAGGAGAGACAGGCUUUAAUCAACGAGGUACUGGAGAAUGUUGAUUCAAGUCAAACUCAAGUCACUGCAAUGGAGUGUCUGGAUGAAAGGGAAGAUACCUCAAUUCUAUGGACUAUGAUGAAAGAUCAGUUCGCCAACUAUGUAAUACAGAAAAUGCUUGAUGUAGCGGAGCCGCCAAUUCGCAAGGAGCUGAUGGCGCGCAUCCGACCUUACAUCAACAGCCUCCGUAAGUACACAUAUGGGAAACACAUUAUCGGUAAGAUGGAGAAAUACUAUUCGAAGACUGUUAGUAGCAGUCACAUUCCUUAUUUUCCACCGGAGGAGUUAGACAAUGCAAGUCUCCACUCCUCGUCCUCUUUAACUGAAUCUUCAAAUUUACCGACUGGGGGGUCGGUUGUGACGGCUGAUGAGAAUUCCCACCCUUCUCCUCUUCAGACAGAGUUUUUGCAUCAUGUGACUGCAUCAGAAAAUCACUAUGCCUCAACUGAGGAUGGGAACCAAACAGUGGAAAUCGAAACGGGAAUAGCUAAUCAGUCAGUAGUUUCGGAACCAGUGGAGGCCUAA